AUGUCCCCAAUACGGCAUCUGCCCGUGAUCUUCGUCAACGGUGUUCCGGGCGCCGGGAACCAGACUGUGGCAGAGACCAUGGUAAACAUCACAGGAUACAUGACUAUCAGGCCAGGGGAACUGAUCAGGGAGGAGGCGGGGAAGGACACCGCGAGGGGGAGAUUGAUAUCUGACAAAUUGCAGGCGCAGGAAGAUGUCCCAGAGCAACUGACAGUAGACCUGAUAAAAGAGACGAUGCUAUUAAACCAGGACGCAAAAGGUUUCAUCUUGGUCGGGUUCCCGAAAAACCCUCGGAUGUCCAAUAUUUUUAACAGGCAGGUCAAGUGGCCCGAGAAAAUUGUUGCUCUAGAAGUGGACAAUGAGGUAGCAGCAGCACGGCUACAGAGUAAACUAUCGGAGCUCGGUCGACCGGAAUCCGAGAUCAACGCCGCUAGACAAAUCGUAAAACAAGCCGCGCACAAAGUCAAAAACGUACACAAGCGUUUCGGAGGACACGUUGUUACGCUGGACAGCAGCGGAAAUCCCAAGGCUCUAGCUACUACGCUCAAAGAGAUCCUGUCAGAUACGAUUGAAAAGAGCCAAAGGCACGAAGCACCAGCCACAGCGUCAGCCCCCGCCAUGAUGACGAGCCCAGAUCAUGAGACGGAAGCGCAAGUCGCGUGA